AUGAAGCCUCAUGUUCUGCCGUUUGAAGACGCAAGCAGCAAUAUUGUCUUUGACAUGAUCCCCUUCGAUGAUGUCGAGAAAGCCCAAUAUUCGCAUACCGAGGAGGGGAAGUCUACAAGCUCGAUGAUGAUCCCCAACAUUGGGACGAACUGGGGAUGUAUCAAUGAACCCGGACCGGACCCUCUCGACUGCCCGCCCCUCUUCAGCGAGUGGAGCUCGGCUGUAAAGAACGAGAAGUCGAUACAAAUACCGGGCGGAUCCUGCUUCACGAUGAAGCGUAGCACAUGCGAGGCUCUCGUCUGCGCGCCGGGCAUCUCCGCUGAGGUGGACUGGUCGCUCGCGGAGGCGCGAAUGAUGAAUCCCUGCCAGACGACGUGUGCCGUUAACGGAAAGGGGGGUCAUUGGGGGAAUGAGGAUAGUUCGGUGUUGGUCAUUGUCAAGCGGGCUGAUGAAUAG